AUGCCCAUCUGGCCCUGGGGACUGCUGGUGACUGCGGGCACGCUCUUGGCCGCGCUGAGCCCAGGGCCGCCAGCGCCCGCGGACCCCUGUCAUGAGGAGGGGGGCGCCCCCCGAGUCUGCGUGCCUGGCUUGGUGAAUGCGGCCUUGGGCCGCGAGGUGCUGGCGUCCAGCACGUGCGGGCAGCCACCCACGCAGGCCUGCGAUUCCUCCGACCCGCGGCGGGCACACCCCGCCGCCCUCCUGACCUUGGCAGGGGGCACCACAAGCCCUGUGUGCUGGCGUUCUGACUGGCUGACGCAGGCACCCUUCAACGUGAGCCUCACAGUACCCCUGGGCAAAACUUUUGAGCUGGUGUUUGUGAGCUUGCGCUUCUGCUCCACGCCCCCCACCUCCGUGGCCCUGCUCAAGUCGCAGGACCACGGCCGCAGCUGGGUCCCGCUGGGCUUCUUCUCCUCCUGCUGUGGCCUGGACUAUGGCCGCCUGCCUGCCCCUGCCAAUGGUCCAGCUGGCCCGGGGCCUGAAGCUUUGUGCUUCCCUGAGCCCCAGACCCAGCCCGAUGGUGGUGGCCUUCUGGCCUUCAGCGUGCAGGACAGCAGCCCGCCAGGCCUGGAUCUGGACAGCAGCCCGGUGCUCCAAGACUGGGUGACCGCCACAGACAUUCGAAUAGUGCUCACAAGGCCUGCCAUGCUGGGGGACACCAGAGACUCGGAGGCCGUGGUCCCUUACUCUUACUCAGCCACGGAGCUCCAGGUGGGCGGGCGCUGCAAGUGCAAUGGGCAUGCUUCAAGGUGCUUGCUGGACACCCAGGGACACCUGAUCUGCGACUGCCGGCAUGGCACCGAGGGCCCCGACUGUGGCCGCUGCAAGCCCUUCUACUGCGACAGGCCGUGGCAGCGGGCCACAGCCCGGGAAGCCCACGCUUGCCUUGCUUGCUCCUGCAAUGGCCAUGCCCGCCGCUGCCGCUUCAACAUGGAGCUGUAUCGGUUGUCCGGCCGCCGCAGCGGUGGUGUCUGCCUCAACUGUCGGCACAAUACUGCCGGCCGCCACUGCCAUUACUGCCGGGAGGGCUUCUAUCGUGACCCAGGCCGUGCACCGAAUGACCGCCGCGCUUGCAGGGCCUGUGACUGUCACCCUGUUGGUGCUGCUGGCAAAACCUGCAACCAGACCACAGGGCAGUGUCCCUGCAAGGAUGGUGUCACUGGCCUCACCUGCAAUCGCUGCGCCCCUGGCUUCCAGCAGAGUCGUUCUCCAGUGGCACCCUGCGUUAAGACCCCUGUCCCUGGACCCACUGAGGAGAGCAGCCCUGUGGAGUCUCAGGACUGCGAUUUGCACUGCAAACCCACCCGGGGCAGCUACCGCAUCAGCCUGAAAAAGUUCUGCAGGAAAGACUAUGCGGUGCAGGUGGCGGUGGGUGCGCGCGGCGAGGCACGUGGCUUGUGGACGCGCUUCCCGGUGGCCGUGCUUGCCGUGUUCCGGAGCGGCGAGGAGCGCGCACGGCGCGGGAGCAGCGCACUGUGGGUGCCCGCCCGGGAUGCUGCCUGCGGCUGCCCACACCUGCUACCUGGUCGCCGCUACCUGCUGCUGGGUGGUGGGCCAGGGGCCACGGUCGGGGACCCAGGGGGCCGAGGGCCCGGGCUCAGCGCCGCUCGCGGGAGCCUCGUGCUGCCCUGGCGCGACGCGUGGACGCGGCGCCUUCGGAGACUGCAGCGCCGCGAGCGGCGUGGGCGUUGCGGGGCGGCCUGAGCCCACGC